UACAAAAAGAAAUACCCAAAUAUCCCUUCACACAUAUUCCCAUGCUUCCAUGUGAAGGAAGGAGAUCAUGCUAUCAUUGGCCAAUUCCAGUAAUUAUCCAAGACUCUGAGGUUCAAUGUCCUAAAAGUCAUUCCAGCUGGAUUGACAAGCACAGGUGGAAAGAAGGCAUUCGCCACCUCUUGAGGCUGUCAAAUUCCUAUCUAUCCUGCCUAAUUGAGUUGAUAAGUAGUAACUACUACGAGUCUUGCUCUCUUAUUGUGUGCAUAGUGGUUUUUGCUCAAUUCAGUUUUCCUGUUUCCUGGUUUUUCUCUAUGGAUGUGACUAGUGAAAUUAGUUGAAAUUUUAUUUUAUUUUGACUAUUUUCUGUGGUAUUGUGUUGCUAACAUCAGAAGCAACUGAUUUUUCCUUUUACUUUUCUUUAAGUGACAAAUUUAAUCCUUUCCGCGAGGAACGGCAUGUAGAUUCUUUCCAUUUAAAAAUGUGGGAGCACUGAGAGUUACUUCAGAUGUUGAUAUCUUAUUUGUCAUCAUUUUCUACUUUUCAAUUAAGUGUUUAGUGCUGGUACGAAUUUGUAAGCAUACAAGGCAGUGUUGUUAUUGUUGCAUCACUUGAAUUUAAAAUUUCUCUUGGUAUGACCUGUGAUGGUUCAUUAACUACUUAAGUCGUUACCGUUAUGUGUUAACUACUAAAAAAAGAUUUAAAGGGACGAUUUCGUGUUAAAUUAAACUCAUCUUGUUUGAGAGUUGCACCACUCUCUCUGUUUAGCAAAUCACAUGCUUAGAGACUUUGGUCUAAUUUUUAUUCCACCAGAAAAUAUUUGGUAACUUGGUAGGUUGACUGACACCCUCAACUUGAAGAAAAUAUUGUUUGGAAGGCAUGUUAUCUAUCCUUGUGCUUCAAGUGCAUCUUUAGGGUUUGGACAUUCCUUAUUUGGAAACAUGAUCUAACUAUUCUAAUACCCUUCUCACCUCUCUCUCUUUGUCCCUCUCUCUCAUCCAUUCCAACAGCAUGAGCCACAAAGGAACUUACCUUUGGGCUCUAUUUGCAUCUCUUGCAUCUUUGCUCUCUACACAACUCAUAAUACAAAAUCCACCAUAUUUGAAACUCUUCUCCAUUUUCACGACAUUCGUCGAACCACCCGAUCUUGUUUCUAUUACAGUAGAGAGCUCCCACCACCUCCGCCGCCGCCACCACCACCGCAAGCGACCUGUGUCCAACAGCACAAUCUGCGAUGAUUUUCUCCCUGACUUUCCCCCGUCGGACACGAACAUGACUUCCUACUUAUGUGUCGACCGCAACGGCUGCUGCAACUUCACGACGGUGCAAUCGGCGGUCAAUGCGGUCGCUGACUUUAGUCCAAAGAGGACCAUCAUAUGGAUCAACAAGGGAAUUUACUAUGAGAAGGUUAUGAUCUUGAAGACAAAACCCAACAUCACAUUUCAAGGGCAAGGGAUGGACCUGACGGCGAUCGCGUGGAAUGACACGGCCAACUCCUCGCACGGCACUUUCUACAGCGCAUCGGUCACCGUAUACGCAGCAAACUUUGUGGCAAAAAACAUAAGUUUCAUUAAUGUGGCCCCCAUACCGAACCCGGGCGAUUUCGGAGCGCAAGCCGUGGCAAUUAGGGUCGCAGGCGAUCAAGCCGCCUUCUGGGGUUGCGGGUUCUUCGGAGCUCAGGAUACUCUCCAUGAUGAUGGAGGUAGACAUUACUACAAGGAAUGCUUCAUCCAAGGCUCAAUUGAUUUCAUCUUUGGGGAUGCUAGAUCCUUGUAUGAGGAUUGCAGGCUGAUCUCCAUAGCCUCACCGGUGCCGGCCGGAGUGAGGUUCAUAAACGGCGUGGUGACCGCGCACGGCCGAACGUCCGGCGACGAGAACACGGGCUUCGUGUUCGUGAAGUGUAGCAUCGGAGGGACGGGCCAAAUAUGGUUAGGCAGAGCCUGGAGGCCUUACGCCCGCGUCGUCUUCGCCUACACCUCCAUGUCCGACAUCAUCGCCCCCGAAGGGUGGAACGACUUCAACGAUCCCGCGAGAGAUCAGAGCAUCUUUUUUGGUGAGUACAAGUGCAGUGGUGAUGGUGCAAAUUUGACCAUGAGAGUUCCUUAUGUUCAAAAGCUCAAUGACACACAAGCUUCUCCCUUCCUCAAUAUUUCUUUCAUUGAUGGAGACAAAUGGUUGCUACCUUUUGGUAAUUAAAACCUAUAAUUUAAUACUAAAUACACCAUAAAUUAAACAAAUGUUAUAUAAUAAAUAACACUCUUUUACUAUUUAGUUUAAUGAGGGCUAGAGAGAGAGAGAGAGAGAGAGAGAGAGAGAGAGAGAGAGGGUACUUCCACAUAUUCCUCUUUCUUAAUAUAAAACUUAAAUGGAUA